AUGACCACCCUACACUUCAUGAAUUUGUUCAAUGCUCCUUCACCUCACUGUGGUUCGAGUGCAAAAAGGGAAACAAAUCAAUUUUUACAGUAUCGAGGUCUUGAGCUCACAAAUGGUCUCCGGGUGCUAUUGGUGUCAGAUCCAACGACAGAUAAAGCUGCAGCUGCCAUGGAUGUUAACGUCGGAAAUCUUAUGGAUCCAUGGGAAAUACAAGGACUGGCACACUUCUGCGAGCACAUGUUAUUUUUAGGCACAGAGAAGUAUCCACAGGAGAGCGAGUUCUACAAAUUCAUCUCCGCCCAUGGUGGUACUAGUAACGCCCGGACAUACAGCGAUCACACAAGUUAUCACUUCGAUAUAAAGCCGGAUCAACUGCAGGUAGAACAUCUGAUCAAGUUCUACCAUUUCAUUCGAAAACGAAAGAAAUUCGAGUAG